AUGAGUGAACGGUAUUCGGUGCGAGAGGCGGAGACACGAAAAGAGUUGGAUGAUAUCAUGGAUGUUAUAUGGGCAGCGAACUACACCCCUUAUGAGCCAUUUGUGCAAUUGUUCUUCCCUAUACUAGGCUUCACGACUGCACAUCGAGAAGCUGCUAUUGCAGAGUCGAAGGAAAGAUUCUGGGUCCAGCAUCAGGCCGACGAUUCAAGUCACUGGUUCUACGUAUUCGAUACAGUUACGGGAAAGUCAGUUGGCUGUGCGCAGUGGGUAUUCUCUAGAUCAAACCCAUUCGCUGCAGGCACGCCGAAGUUGACAGCACCGUGGUGGCCGGAAGGUGAAUGUCAGAGAUUUUGCGAAUCCAUCUUGAACCAGGUAUAUAAGCCGCGGGCGAGCUGGAUGACGCGGCCUCAUUGUGCUCUCAAUUGGAUGGCGGUACAUCCUUCUCAUCGUCUCCGCGGCAUCGGCUCACUCCUCAUGAAUGUUGGUAUUCUACGCGCCGACGAACUUGACCUAGAAUGCUGGUUGGAGGCGUCUUCGAUGGGCAAGUCGCUCUACGAACGAUUCAAGUUUCAGGCCCUUCUAAAGAUUGCCUUCGACAACGAAAGGCCGGACGCAACUGAUGAAUGGCGCAAGUGUGCGCACGAGAUGACUCCGCCGCCGAUAUUUGCAAUGUGGAGACCGAAGCAAGGACGCGGGGGAGGCGAUUGGGGCGAAGUGAAAUUACCAUGGGAACUAGGUUCGGAGAAGUAG